UGUGUAAUUUCAAUCGAACAGUUAUCUCAAGAUAGACGGAGAGGAGAAGAGAGAGAGCUUCGGCGUUCUGUGGAAGAGAGCUUCUUCUUCGUCAACUCCAUGAAUCUCCUCAAAACGAUUCAACACCAGUCUACCAUUUCUCAGUUUUACCGUUUUGCCCCUACGCACUCAUUUGCUUCUUCGUGUUCUUCUCUGUCACUCUCUGUACAGAGACCCAGAAUCUCUCUCGUUCCUAUCUCUAACCGAAGCUGCUUCGCAAUCUCGAGCGUCUCUGGUGCUUCGGUUGCAGGUAUUCAAGAUGAUGGAAAAAAACAAGAAGCGGCGGAGGAGGGAGAUGAAGUGGUUUACCAGAAAACGCUGAGACUAGUGGAGUGUGCCAUGUUUGCUGCUGUCACAGGCCUUGUUUACUUCCUCAGCAAUUCUCUCGCCAUUGAGAACUACUUUGGGUGUUUCUUCGCGCUGCCAAUUGUGAUAUCUUCGAUAAGAUGGAAUAUUGCAGGAGGCAGGAAGACAAUGGUUGCUACUGUCAUGCUAUUGUUCAUAUUAUCAGGUCCGGUCAAAGCAUUAACUUACUUUCUUACUCAUGGUCUUCUGGGCCUUGCACUAGGAUCAUUGUGGAGGAUGGGGGCAAGCUGGCGUCUCUCGAUUUUCUUGUGCACAAUGGUUCGAGCAUUGGGUCUCAUAGGCUAUGUUCUAACAUCAUCCUUCUUAAUAAGAGAAAAUAUUCUCGCUGUGAUCACAAUUAACAUCCACGCCUCUCUCUCUUAUGUUUUCACGGCCAUGGGUCUGAACAUAAUGCCUUCAAUGAGCCUCAUUUAUAUGAUAUUUGGGACAGUGCUGUUGCUAAACAGUGGAUUCUUUGUGCUGUUGCUACAUCUGCUAUACUCGAUCUUCCUAACAAGACUUGGAAUGAAAUCUUCAUUGAGAUUACCAGCUUGGUUGGACAAAGCUAUAUGAUGGAAAUCAGGAUCUCUGUUCAGCUCCUAUUUUUUGCAGCUCCAUUGGAGAAUCCAAAUAUGGUUUGAGCAAUUGUGGUGGAACAUAUAUGUAAUACUUAUAAAGUAGGUGUGGUGGUGUCUAUAUGCAUAUAUAAUGGUUAACAAUGGCACAGCUCAGUCAUCAUCACCUAUAUAUGCUGAAACAAACAACAUUCAACCCAAUGUAAAAGCAACUGGCUUUGAAGACUUCCUUUAGUGUUAUGGUGUUAUGAAAGUUGGCAUAUAUUAAAACCAGUGUCGAACAUUCAUUUCAA